AUGCAGCGAAGGAAACCGGUUGCCAGCGCUGGCCCCGCCGCACUGGAGUCCAAUAAUGCACAUCGCGUUUACAAUGUCAGGGCGUCGCGCGCUUACCUCACGGACGCACGCCCCCCACAUUCUGUGGGGGAUAACGAGACACUCUGGAAGCAGGGCCUGCCAGAGAACAACAGCACGCCCCCGAUGGUGAGACCGCACCACGCCCGUCCGAUCGUUUCGCCUGCCAGAGUCCUGUCAACGCCCGUCAGUCAGAAGAGCAGCACACGCCGACCGCAGGAACACGGUGACGCACCGCCCCGUCCCGCCCCGUCCCGCCCCGUGCUCCGGCGCAUGGGCGGCGACGGCUUCGUGGCGACUCGUCACAGCUGCAAGGCGAGGGAACCGUCGUGUCCGCAGGCAGACGGCACGCCGCUGAUUGACAGACGCACGGCGACGCCCCCGCGGCCGUCUGCUUCCCCAUGGGGACGCCCCCGCGCGCCCACUGGCACGGGCACGAAUGUCGAGAUGAGAUCGCCGUGGCGGCAGUUCAUGAUCGCCGCCCGCGCCGCGCCGUCCCCCCUCGUCCCGUCCGCACGCCACCCCUCGGAUCACCACGGAAGCGCGGGGCAGCCGCGAGAAGCACGCGCGGACAGGGCACGCAUCUGGGGAAUGCGGGGGGGGGGGGGCAUCAGCACGACAGCGCGGCAUGCCGUAAGGCAGAUCCAUGUCGGAAGCCCGCCGUCCUGGGGGACCGCGCACAUUGGGAACGCGGGAAGCUGCGCGUUCCCAGGUGGACGGGCUGUAACGCGUUACAUGGAUAUCCGUCGAGCCGACCGAAGAGGAUGCAGGACAGGCGCGCCGCGGCCCCAGCGCCUGCGCUAA